AUGAUUUCAUCUAAUGCAGCUCUUGCAUUCGAAAGAGGAGAAAAAGUUUCUUUUGAUAUUAUCCUUAAACAAUUGAACUUAGGUUUCCAGUAUAAAUUAUCAAUUUAUGCAAGUAACGGAGAAUCAAGUCAAAGAAAGCUUCAUGAAAAUACUGUGAAUUAUCCAAGUUCAGAAGAACCACCAUCCAAUGAAGAACAAUAUGCUGAAUUGAUAACAUUUAUUGCAGAUUCUCAAAAUUAUACAUAUUCCUACGAAAAUUUGCCAUCAAAUAGUUGGGAUAAAAUUAUUUAUCAUAUUAAACUUACCACACCAAAAUUUUCAAAAUAUUAUUAUGUUCCUGUCAAAUAUUUACCAAAGCCAGAGAUUUAUGCAAUUGAUAUUACACCAAAUCCGGUUACAAUUACAGAUUUCAAUGUAUAUAUCAAUUGUUCUAUUCAUUCAUCAGGCGCUAAGUUAUACAUCAAAGUAGGAAACUCUGAUUUUGAUAUUUUAGGAAAUAUUGAAAGUGAAAAUAAUAGAUUAUAUGAUUUUAGUUUCCAUUUGAUGAAUUUGUUAUUAAGAACUGUUGGUGAAACUUCACAUAUUAAUAUGGAACAAACUUUAGAGAGAUAUAAUGGACCCCUUACUUUAAUAUUUAAACUAAAUGAAGAAGGACUUUAUUCUAACGAAAUUACAAAAGAAAUCGUAUUUUCAAAUACUAUUUAUCCAAAAGUAGUGUUUGAAUCAUAUUUUGAUUAUGACUGGUGGGAAACAUUUGAAUAUAUUAAAGUUUAUUCAGUUGAUAAUUCUAAUUUGACAAUUUAUUAUUCGUGGGAUAAUGAAGAUCGUAGAUUUAUGGGUAAAUUUUAUUAUGAAAGUCAACCUGUAUUACUAGGUCCAAAAAAUGGAAAUUUAUACCCUCCCAAUGUAAGAUCAGAAACAAGUAUUUUGAACAUAUGGGCUACAAAUUCACAAGGACACGAAUCUAAAUAUAAUCACACUUUCGAUACUACAAAUAUGGAAGAUCCAGUCCCAACACCAGAACCUGAGCCCGAACCAACACCAGAACCUGAACCCGAACCAACACCAGAACCUGAAUAUAAUUUAAGAAUAAGUUGUGAUGAAUAUGAAUUAAGUUGUGGUUAUAGUGAUUUCAACCCCAAUUACGAAGUCAUAUUUUAUUAUGUCUUCACAAAUGAUGAAAUAAGAAAAGCUAUUCCAUUUCCUUCAUCAUCUUAUGUCAUUAUAUCGGAUGACUAUGGAUUAGUACGUUUUACUACAGAUUUAACUAAUAUGGUUCGAUCAAACAUUAAGUUCGAAGAUCAAAUUCAACUUGAUGUAUUCAUUGAAGCUACCAAUGGAAAUGCAACAGCCAGCCAAUUUAUGUUUAAUCGUGUUUACUUGGGAGUAAAUAGAAAUACAACUCUAGAAGUGCCUAAAACCAAUAUAAGUUUUGGCGAAGAUUUAUUAUUUAAUUUUACAAUUAACAUUCCAAAGGAGCAAUUACCAUAUGGUUAUUAUCUUGGAGUUUCUAUAGAUUGGUAUUCUAUUAAACAUUUGGAACCAUAUUAUUCAAUUGGCGAAGAAGAUGAAGAUGCAUCAUAUUUAAGUUGGUCAGUUAAUGAAUUUAUUAAAUAUAAUGCAUUUACAGAUCUUGGAGAACACAAUUUUGAAAUAUCAAGUGGUUAUGAUGAUGGAGGAUAUUAUGUAUAUUUCAAUGUAACAAUUUUUGUCAAUAAUAAUAUUGCUCCAUUAAUAUCUAUCACUGAAUCAGCAUCAUCUUAUGAAUAUAGAGAUAAAUUUAUUGUUACACAAAUUAAUGCAUUCGAAUACAAUUUAGAUGAUGAAAUUAAAGUAUAUGCAAUUGUUGAUAACGGAGAGCCUUCACUAAUUGAAACACUUACUCCAAAUAGAGAUUGGCAGAAAUUUGAACAUAGAUUAUCUUUUCCUCCAAUAGAUAAAACAUAUAAUUUCGUGUUCUAUGCCAUAGAUUCAUUUGGUGCUAAAUCACCAAAUGUGUCAAAAGUAGUUUCAAUUCAACAAAAUCCUCAAAUCAAAGUUUAUGGUACAUUAUCGGAAAAAUAUUCCCCAGCUGAUAAUAUUACACUGAAAUUCAGGGUUUAUAGUUAUCCAACAGGAAGCAAGAUUAGAAUUGAUUAUCGAUUUGGAUUUUAUGGACAAUCAUAUAAUAUAAUGAAUGAUUUAGAACAAAAUGAAGAUUAUAUGACAGAUAUAAUUGAAACAAGUCUGGGAUUAUCUAAUUUUGAUGGAAAAAAUAAUUUAAUACUUAUUGCAACAGAUGAUUCUGGUAAUGUCCAAACAUAUGCUGAUCUCGGCCUCAUUUUAGUUAAUACACCACCUGUACUGGAAAAUUUGACACUAAGUAAUUAUUUUGUCGCCAGAAACGAAUAUAUUACAGUUACUCUUGGAUAUAAUGAUACUGAUAUUAAAAAGAAGAAAUAUUUCAUUGAUGGAAUUGAAAUCAAUAUACCAUAUAAUAAAUUCCUGGUGGAGGUCGGUGAGGGAAGGCAUAGUUUUUCUGCAUUGUUAAUAGAUAAUUUUGACUAUGAAAGUGAAUUGAAGACUGUUGAUUUUACAGUUUCUAGUGAAUGCGCACCAUUACUUAAGUCAGCAUUUUGCGAUUAUUCCAUGCAGCUUGAUGGCGAAGGAUUAUGCCAAUUUAUUAUUCAAGAUUUGGAUGUUGAUGAUGAUAUUAAGAUUUAUUUAUAUAUUGAUGAUUAUGUUAAUCAAUCACAACUUAUUCAUGAGUUUACUUCAAAUGGUACAAAUUAUUCAUUUGACUAUUAUUUUAUUGCUCCAGGAAUUCGUGGUUCUCAUAAAGCAAACUUCAUAUUUGUAGAUUCAACAGGAUUAUCUUCCACUUUCUAUCAAUAUUAUGAAAACUAUAGAACUGAAUAUCUAGUACUUAACAGGAAUUAUCAAAGUUACUAUUCACCAUCACAAGAAAUCGAAAUUUCUGGCUCUAUAAAAGGAUACACUCCUAACAAAGUACUAAGAAUUUUAACAAAAUACGAUGAUGGACCGGUUGAAGAGCAUCAAAGAGAUAUUCACACAUAUGAUAAUUAUACAAGUGAUUGGAUUCAUUUUACAAUAAAUGCACCAAGUGAGUUAGGUAAAUACAAUCUUAAAAUAUGGAUGGCAAACUAUGACAAUGAUAAUAUUAUAUCUAAAGAGACAUUCUAUAUAAGUGUCAAAACACCACCAAUUUUGACAGAAUUUUUGCCAUUUGAACCAGGAAUUCGUUUCUAUGGAGAUGAGCUGAGAGUUAAGGUUAAAGUUACCGUAUCAAAACCAAUCCAUGUAUCAUGCUAUAUUAAAUUCAAGGGAGAAAACUAUUUCAGAGAUACUAAUUUUUAUUUUUAUACAACAGAAAAUCCUAGAUAUGAAUCCGAUACUUUUGUAAUUCCAGAAGGAUUAGAACAAGGCGAAUGCUAUUUAGAAAUUAAGUUUAGAGAUAAUGAAGGAUUAGAAACUGAGGUCAAAAGACAGAACUUUACUUUACAAGCAUCUGCAAUACCUAAACUACGGGUUAAAAUGAAUCCAGAUCAUGUAUAUCAAUUUCUUCACAUCCCAGUUAGAUUUAACAUUAUAUUAGAAGAUUUAGUUGGUAGCAUUAAUACAUCAGUUUAUCAUAUAAUUGAUAAUGGCCCAGAAAAACUUCUGAAGGUAAUUAAAGGUCAAACAUCAUCCGAGUUUAGUUUUGAUUUUUGGCCUCCUUUCGAGUAUGGUUCAAAGAUUUAUCAAUUUAUGACUCAUAAAAUCUAUGCAAUUAAUGAAUAUGGUGCAAAAUCAGUUGUAGUCGAAAAAGCUUUUUAUUAUACUGAUUCAAAAUAUCUUGAACUGGCAACAAUGUCAUCAAAUAUAUUCUCACCCCGAAGCAUCUACAAAUUCAUUGGUAAAAUCUAUGAUUAUGAGAAAGGACAAUCUGUUGCAGUAUAUUAUUAUCCACCAUACAAUUCGCAAUCAUAUAUUGCAACAGAUGCAAUUAUAGUACCGAAUAACUGUAUUGCAGAUUUUGAAUUCAAUCUUACAUUGCCAUCAGUAUCAGGUAAAUACACAUAUUCACUUUAUACAUUGACGACUCAAGGAACCUUACGAUCAGAUUUACUCAAGAAGGUAAUAAUUGUUGAUUCACCUCCUGUACUAAACGAAUGGCUUGAAUUCAGAGAACAGUAUUAUAUAGACGAAUAUAUUAAUAUUGUUCUAAAUAUUACUGAUGAUUCCAAAUGUCAAGCUGUUUUUGUUUUUGACAAAGGAAGCAGUCAGGAAUACAAUUUUAACUCAGAAUUUGUUGAUGCUAACAAGACUGAAUCUGAUACUUAUUAUUUCCAGACACAGAUUCCAUCUGGAUUUAUAUCAGGUCCUCAUACAUUAACAGUUUAUCUUGUUGAUGAAUUCGGCCUGGAAUCAAAUCAAAUCACAAAGAACUUCAUUUAUCUAAAUUCAAGAGCUCCAGUUUUAACAAUUAAUAAUUUGGCAAAGGAUUUAUAUCACUUUUCAGAGCAAAUUUUCAUUAAUGGAACAAUCAAAGAUCAAGAUUCUGGAGAUCAAUUAACUGUUUUGUAUAAAUUUGAUGAUAUAAAAAGUCCAUGGAAUACAUUACAGCAAUUAACAUCAGAUGGUACUGAACAAACAAUAAAUCAAUUUAUUGAUGUCCCUAGACAAAAUGGAGAAAGAACAUUAUAUAUCACAGCACGCGACCAAAAUGGUGCAUAUGCAGCUCAAUACAAGUUUACAUUUAAAGUUCAAAGACAACCAGGUAUUGAUAUUUUGACCACAUUUAAAGAUAGAUUUGCACCAAACGAAACUGUUUCAUUUGAAGCAAGAAUCUUUGAUCAAAUUCCAGGAAAUAAUGUUAAAGUAUAUUAUAAUAUUGAUUCUAAUACAAAUGGACAGCUCAUUACUGAAGUUCAAAUCCAAAACACAAUGAACUCAUCCGAUUUCCAUGUUGAAUUUUCCCUUCCAGAUUCAUAUAUUGAUCACUAUCUUUUUAUUUGGGGUACAGAUGCAGAAGGCAAUAUGUUAACAAAUAUGUUCAGUAAAUCCAUUGAAAUAGAUGUCAUUCCGAAGAUUCAAUUAAAUAAGCCAAUCAAUUCAAUUUAUUACAAACCAGCAUAUAUUGAUAUUGCUGUUGGAGUACUUGAUGAUAAAUCUGUCAAUGUUUAUUAUCAGAUUGAUGAUGAACCAAUGAUUUUAUUCAGUAAUGCAUUGGGAUCAUAUGGAAACAUGAGAAAUACUUCAACUCAAUUUGUUUAUAGAGGUGAUAGUGAUCGAACAAUCAAUCUCAAAAUCUUUUGCAUGGAUAAGUAUAAGCAAAUGUCUAAUGUCAUUACAAAUCAAAUUGAAUACAGUACAUCUAAAUCAACACCAGAACUAAAUAUUUAUCGUGACCUGAACGGUGGAAGAAAUCAAUAUGAUUCAUAUAGAUUCUGCGAAGAUAUUAAAUUUGUGGCAAAACUACUUGAUGUUAAGUUGAACAAUCGUGUUUACUUAGAUUACAGUAUUGAUAAUGGUGAGUAUAUUCGCCAAUGUUCGUAUGUUUCAUUAGCAAAGGAACAUAAUAUUGAAUUCGGUGUUAAUGUAUCAAAGAAGAAUGGAGUACAUACAAUCGAAUUCAAAUGCAUUAACCAAGAUAACAUCGAAUCAGGAACAAUUAAAUUUGAAUUUGCUGUGUUCCAAUCACCAGUUCUUAUUAUUGAUACAAAAUCCAUUAAGGAUCAUUAUAAACUUAAUGAAGAAGUUAUUAUCAAAGGUUAUGCAGGAGACUAUGAGGUCGGCAAAAACAUUGAUGUUUAUUUCAAAUUAAAUGAUCAAGAACCACAAAGUAUUGGUACAAUUACAAGUGGUGACAAUUAUAUAUCAAAUAAUUUCACUAUUACACAUCCAGGUUUCAGCACAUCUGGUGAUGUCAUCUUUGAAAUAUAUUUCAUGGUUGAUAAUCAACAAACGAAUAAAGUUCGUGGUAAAUUCUAUAUCAACGAUCCACCAAGAAUCGAAGUUGUUGCAAUCACAAGAACGAAAUAUUAUCUUGGUGAUACAGUAACUGUUGAUUAUAGUGCAUGGGAUGAUACAGAAGCAGCUAUUAUUGCAAGAUUUGAUCAAAGCAAUGAAAUAGUACUAAAUAGAGGUGCUUUCAAUCAACAUUUGAUUCCAUGCCAUGAUCAAAUAAGCUUGCCAACUUCGUUAACACCAGGAACACAUACAUUUAAUCUAUAUCUAAGAGAUAGAUAUAAUGAGGUUUCAAAUAUUUACACACAUUCAUUUGAGUUUACAUCUGAAUCUUAUGCUCCGAAAGUUGAAUAUAUUAAUUUCAAGAAGUCUCAAAUUUACAGAUUUUAUCAAAGCAUCAAACUCACAGCAAGAGUAAGUAUGCCUAGUGGAACCUCAAAUGUUGACUUUUACAUUAGAUGGAAUUAUUCUGAACCAUAUGAAUUUUAUAAAACAAUUGAAUCAGUUUCAACUCAACCAAUUGAUAUUCCAUUAGAAAUUAAUUUCCUAAAGGUUGAUGGAAUUUAUUACUUGUAUUUAGAAGCAAGGACUCCUGAAGGUGCCUCUUCAAAGGAGUUUAAUCAUGUUUUCAGAGUUAGGAGAAAUGAAGCAAUUCUUAUCUUAAAUGAUGAUACCAAUUUAAAGAUCAAACCAGGAGACACAGUUACAAUUAAAGGAAUAGCUGUUGAUUUUGAACCAAAUACAGAAUUAGAAUUAUCCUAUUCAUACCGUGCAUAUAUGAGAGCAAGAGGAUUAUUAGAAGAUACAUCAUUAGGAACAUUCAUUGUUGGACCAAAUUAUUCGACUCCAAUGUUUAUAAUUCCUAUUUUUGUACCAGGAUCUGUUUCCAAUCAAGAUUUCAGUAUCAAGGCGAAGAGUGGUCAAGAAACAGUUGCAACAUAUGAUGAUGGAUGGGCAGUACUUAACUUACCACCAGUCUUGAGUGUCAUGAAAGCAAUCACUCAAUUCUUCCUGCAAAUGGAUUCGUUGACCUUGAUUUCAAAUUAA